GAGCUGUCGCGUGUCCCUCAAGAGGAGCUCAACUUUUCUCCUUCCAAGACUUGUCCAAGACUUUUCUCCACUGCUCCACUCCCCUCCAUAACUCCCCCCACCAUGGACAGAGCCUACUCUGAUUUUGACACCUCCAGUAGGAUGUCAUUCUCCCCAUCAGAUGAUGAGGACUACAGCAGUGAACAGUCCCCUUCAUACUCCACUGGAGACCUCACUCCUCCAGCACACACUCCAGAGAAGUGUGAGGAGGAGAAAAAGAGAAGAAGGGGUAGGAGCAGGGUGAAAAAUGAAGCUGUUCUUCACACCAUCAAGAAGACCAGAAGAGUGAAGGCCAAUGACAGGGAAAGGAACAGAAUGCAUAAUCUCAACUCAGCCUUAGAUGAACUCAGAAGUAUCUUGCCUUGCUUCCCUGACGACACAAAGUUAACUAAGAUUGAAACUUUGAGACUGGCUCACAACUACAUCUGGGCUCUGUCUGAAACCUUGAGGUUGGCUGACCAGACCAAAGACAAGACUCAAGUAGAACUUGUGCAAAGAGCAUACAUGAGCCCUGCAGAUCCUCCAAGCCCUGGUAGUGAUGCUGGGUCAUGGAUGUCCACAGCCUCCCCAUCAUCAUCAUCCUCCUCCUCCUCCUCCUUCUCAACCUGCACCUCUAAUCCAAGCAGUCCAGCUAUGUCAGAAGAAUGUUAUUAUGGACACACAGAAAAGCUGUUCUCACUCCGCAGCAUCCCUCAGAACUUCAUGCAGCAUUCGGCAUGCUUUGUACAGUACCAGUAGAUGUAGGGAGAUGA